GGCGGAGCUUCUGCAGCCUCCAAAGAACGUGACGUCUCGCGUGUGGUGAAGACCGGGAACAGGCGCUGCACGUUCACUUCUGGCCAAACUACAAACUUCUACAUAUCUCAGUGCCGCUGCCAUGCCUGCUAAAAAGACCACCACCAAGAGGAAGUCGGAGGCGAUCGUGGACGAUGAUAAAGACUCCAAGAAAGUAAAAGUUUCCCACAGGAGUCAUUUGAAAGAGGCCGGUCAGGUUCUUGUUUUGGGCCAGGGUGAUGUCGGACAGUUGGGUUUAGGUGAGGAUAUCAUUGAGAGGAAGAAGCCAGCCCUUGUGUCCCUGCCAGAGAAAGCUGUGCAAGUGAUAGCUGGAGGCAUGCACACUGUUUGCCUCAGUGACACUGGCCAUGUUUACACUUUUGGCUGUAACGACGAAGGGGCCCUUGGCCGGGACACAUCAGAGGAGGGGUCUGAGAUGGUUCCAGGAAAGGUGACGCUGGAUGAGAAGGUGAUCCAGGUGUCUGCAGGAGACAGCCACACAGCUGCACUCACUGAGGAAGGAGCGGUGUACAUCUGGGGUUCCUUCAGGGAUAACAAUGGUGUUAUUGGUCUUCUGGAGCCCAUGAAAUCAUCUACUGUUCCAGUCAAAGUUCCCAUGACAGAACCUGUUGUGAAAAUUGCAUCUGGUAAUGAUCACCUGGUACUGGUGACACUGGAGGGAAAUCUUUACACAUGUGGCACAGCAGAGCAGGGCCAGCUGGGAAGAGUGCCGGAGCAUUUUUCAAACAGAGGAGGCAGGAAAGGCCUCGAGCGGCUGCUGGUGCCACAGAUGGUGAAAGUCAAAGGGAAAGUCCACUUCAUUGAUGCCUUCUGUGGGGCCUACUUUACCUUUGCUGUAUCGAAAGAGGGGCAUGUUUAUGGAUUUGGCCUCUCCAACUAUCACCAGCUAGGCACUAAAAGCACCAGGAUGUGUUUUGUCCCAGUAAAACUGACGUGCUUCAAGAACUCUACCACCUCCUGGGUGGAUUUCUCUGGAGGACAGCAUCACACACUCUGCCUCGAUGCUCAAGGGCAGGCAUAUAGCCUGGGCAGAGCAGAGUAUGGCCGUCUUGGUCUGGGUCAAGGGGCUGAAGAGAAGAGUGAGCCCACACCUGUGAUGGGGAUGGAGCCGGCAAGAGGAGUGUCAUGUGGAGCAUCUGUCAGCUACGCAGUGACCAGAGAAGGAUCAGUGUAUGCCUGGGGAAUGGGCACCAACCUGCAGCUCGGCACAGGAGAGGAGGACGACGAAUGGAGCCCCGUGAAGAUGACCGGCAAACAGCUGGAGAACCGUGUAGUACUGAUGGCCUCCAGUGGAGGGCAGCACACAGUCCUUUUAGUCAAAGACAAGCAGGACAGCUGAUGUCCUUCACUGAUGGAGGGAGAUGGGGUGUAUUUGGAUCUGUGUCAAGGUUGGGCCUUUUUCAGGGUGCCUAAAUCAGAGGGCGGGGUUAAUCUAUAUAUGACUUCCUGUGCUGACCCGAAGUUGCGUUAAGGUUCAGAGUGGAGGGGAGCUUUAAGGUUCAGCCUCUUUUAUGGGAGCUCAUCUGUUCUUAGCAUGAGGAAAUUGUUCAUGAAAGUUUUUGGUAGAUCAUGACAAAUGAGAGACUAUUUUUUUAAAUCUAGUUUUUGAUGUUCCUUUGAAUUAUUUUCAUUAAAAGUCAUUUGUAUGACUGUAAGAUGGUAUACGUGAUGUUUGAAUGCUGACUGCAUGUACAUAAAAGAAAUGAGAGUGCAAGUUGUUUUAUGAUUUUCCCAAACAAUAGCGUUUUUAAUGUUUUCGUUAAAGCAAUAAUUCGAUUGAGUUUGGUUCAGACAGAACAUUUAUACUCGGCGAGUGUAAUGUGUGCGACUACUGUUCAUUUUACCUGUUCAUGGAAUUGCACACAAAAUUGUGACUAUUUGGACAUUUACACAUCAUACUGUACCCUGCAUUUUGUCUGUCUGAAAUAAACUUUUUUUUGUA